AUGGCAAAGGAGCGAAAACACGAUUGGGAAGGAGCGAAGAAGCGUAGAAGCGUAGAAGCGAAGGAGCAAAAAUACGAUGGCGAACACGACCCGACAGAUAUUCUCCAAGCAACCUCAAGGCUGUAUAUGUGGCUGAUGAUGGCAGUAUUAGAGUCACUUGGGAUCCCCCUAAAACGUCGCCGCGGAGAGAAUACACUGGAAGCUAUAUACAAAGAAAAGGGUGCUCAGGUAAGACUGAUUCUUCCAAAGCCGCCAGACAAGAGUAUUUCUACCAUUUACUUCAAUGUAACGCCACUUUCCACGUACAGUUAUGGCGAAGCAGACGGUAACAAUCAUAACAAUGGUGUAACAGUGGAACUGACAUCAACAAAUACUGAGUUGACAAUUGAUUCCCUGGAAGUAAAACAUGCUGGAUACUACUACACCAAGAUACAAAGCGGAAAUAAGAUACUUGGAGGGAAGUUCUUGGUAAUAACUGACUCACCCACAAAGCCAAACAUUACUCCCUCAUCUCAGUCCCCAAUUAUCGACAGCUCUGUGACAUUGGGGUGUUCAUCAAGUUCACGAAGUAAGCCUGACAACCACGGGCUGGUUUUAACAUCUACAUGGAAACUUAAUGGAACUGAGGUUAGUGACGACAGGUUCUCAGUCCAAGGCACCAGCCUCGUUAUCAAUUCAGUACGACUGAGAGACAAGUAUAACCAAUAUACAUGUGUGACUAUGGAGACUGGACAGGAAUACAGUGGACCUCCCUCUGAGGAAAGUCAGGAAUUCCAGCUAACACCUCUCUAUGGGCCUCAAUUUAUAAAGAUAGAGGGCGCUGAAGGUCGGUCCACAUUGAUCUUGGGCGAUGCGUACGGUCCUGUAGUCUGUAGAACUGACUGUAACCCAUCAUGUCUCAUGGAGUGGUGGAGACAAGGCACCUUAUUGAUAUCACCACAAACGACCACUAACAACCAGCUGGAGUUGAAGGACAGUAGUGUCCCCAGAACAAAGAAGUUAACUUACACCUGUGAAGCACGAGUGCCGUCAGAUGCAGGUUUCACUGCACAGAAAAUGACUAAGACCAUAACGGUUGAAGUUUAUU